AUGGAGGAUGACAAGGCACUGCAGCUAUGCCGUGAAAGGAAGAAGUUUGUGAGACAAGCACUUGAUGGGCGUUGCUCACUAGCAGCUGCUCAUGUUUCAUAUAUUCAAUCUUUGAAAAAUACAGGAACAGCUCUGAGAAAAUUCACAGAACCAGAGGGACCAAUUGAGCCUUCUUUGUACACUAAUGCAACACCAGAGCAACCACUUGCUUUAACUGAAAGGACCCUCUCAUUCUCUUCACCAUCCGUGUCACAUCACAUGGAUGCAGCUGAACAUGAAACAUUCUCCCCAACUCCCUCCCCUCCUAGUUCUUCUAGUAAGUUCCGAGCGAAUCAUAUGAAACAUAGCACUAUUUCUUCUAAGAAAGUUGAAGAAAGACCACCUGUACCUGUUAUAGGAAUAGUAACAUCAUCAGGUACUGCUACACAGAAUGCCAGUGUAGCAUUUGAAGAUUCUUCUCUUCCAGCUGGAACACCACAAUGGGAUUUUUUUGGUCUCUUUCAUCCCAUUGACCAUCAAUUUUCUUUUCAAGAUGGGAAGGGUAUGCAUCAAGAUAUUGGGAAUGCUGAUGAUAUACAAAGACUAAGGGAGGAGGAGGGAAUUCCUGAGUUAGAAGAUGAUGAAGACAAGUCUUCAUCUCAUGGAAGGGAUCAGUCUAGGGACUCUGAAGAUGAAUUUGAUGAAGAGCCUACUGCAGAAACUCUAGUCCAAAGAUUUGAAAAUCUAAAUAGAGCUAACUCAAGUCAUGUUCAAGCAAAUGCUGUACCUGCCACAACUAAGCCUGUGUCAGGACAUUCAGCUUCUGAAGUUGAAUUAGUAAAUGGAGAGAAGGGGAACUCUGCUAAUUUAUCUACAUUAAAAACAGCACCUAUGGCAGCUUUGCCUCCACCUGAAACAAAUAAACCAAUAGAGAAGGAAAGUCAUAGUGAAAACACGGUUACCCCGAAGAAUUUCUUUUCAAGCGUGAGAGAUAUAGAACUGCUCUUUAAUAAAGCUUCAGAAUCUGGCAAAGAGGUUCCAAGGAUGCUUGAAGCAAACAAAUUUCACUUUCGUCCAAUAUUCCCAGGAAAAGAAAAUGGUUCUGCAGUGUCCUCCCUUUUGAAGGCAUGUUUCUCAUGUGGAGAAGACCCAAGCCAGGUUCCAGAAGAACCUGCCCAAAACUCGGUGAAGUACUUAACUUGGCAUAGGACGGCAUCAUCCCGUUCCUCCUCAUCCAGAAAUCCGUUAGGAGCAAAUUCAAUCGACAAUGCUGAGGACCAUACAAAUAAUCUCUUUGAUAGUUCUUGUAUGAUCUCUGGAAGCCAUGCAUCAACCAUGGAUAGGCUAUAUGCUUGGGAAAGGAAACUCUAUGAUGAAGUGAAGGCUAGUGAGAUUGUCAGAAAAGAAUAUGACAUGAAAUGUAAAAUCUUAAGACAACUGGAAUCAAAAGGAGAAAAAACCUCCAAGGUUGAUAAAACACGUGCUACAGUCAAGGAUCUGCACUCAAGAAUCAGAGUUGCAAUUCACAGGAUAGACUCUAUAUCAAAGAGGAUUGAAGAAUUACGGGACAAAGAGCUUCAACCACAACUUGAGGAGUUGAUUGAAGGGUUGCAUAGGAUGUGGGAAGUGAUGCAUGAAUGCCACAAACUUCAGUUUCAAAUCAUGUCAGCAGCAUACAACAACAGCCAUGCUAGAAUCACCAUGCAUUCUGAAUUACGUAGACAGAUUACUGCCUAUCUUGAAAACGAACUCCAAUUUCUGUCAUCAAGCUUUACCAAGUGGAUUGGAGCUCAGAAAUUCUAUCUGGAGGCUAUACGUGGAUGGCUUCACAAAUGUGUUCCUCUUCAAGAAAAAUCAUCCAAGAGAAAAAAGAGGCCUCAAUCUAACCUUCUUAUCCGUUGUGGUCCUCCAAUAUAUGUCACCUGCGAAAUCUGGUUGAAUAAACUCAGUACCUUACCUGUAAAGGAUGUUGCAGAUUCCAUCAAGAGUUUGGCGGCAGAUACUGCCCAGUUCUUACCACACCAAGACAAGAACCAAGGAAAAGGUUCUCAUCCUCAUAUGUCAACAUGGAAGGCUGAUAUUGGUGGUGAAUCAGCCGAUGGUUUAUUGACAGAUGAUGUAUCAGAGGACUGGGUAACAGGCCUUGAUCAAUUUCGACGAAGCUUGAUUCGAUUUCUUGGUCAAUUAAAUAAUCUGUCUGGUUGUUCAGUCAAAAUGUACAAAGAACUCAGGCAAAACAUUCAGGAGGUAAAAAAGUAUCAGCGUUUGAAUUCUCAGUCUCAAAACGGUAAUUUGAAUUCUCAGUCUCAGGAUGAUGGUCAACAGAAUUCUGAAUCUCAGAGUUGA